UGAAACAGAGCAGGUUAUUGUGAUUAUUGCUCCGAGUGACAGUAUAGGGAGCACAGUGACAGAAUGGCUUGUUAUAUCUCUCUGGUGUUCCUUCUGGGCUUCCCUGCCGUGUAUUCUGGAAGUUACACACUAAAAUAUUAUAUAACCAUGUUAUCCACUGCCUACCCAGGCCUGCCGCAAUAUUCAGUUAUUGCAUAUGUGGAUGACGUGCGGUACGGAAGGUACAACAGUGACACGCGCCACGCUGAGUUUUUGAUUCAGUCUCUGAUGGUAUUAUCUGAGCACUUGGAUGGUCUGAACAAACAGGCACAACUAAUUGAAAUAACGCAAAAAGCACUCAUGAACUUUAUUAUGGAUUCUUCAAACAAGACUUAUGAUAUUAAUCACGUGUUCCAAACCAAGGCUGCCUGUGUGCUGCAUGAAGAUGGUACAGUUGACGUAUACAAAGAAGAGGCAUUAGAUGGCAAACAGCUCAUAGUGUUUGAUAAAGAGACAAUGGAGAUUGUACCUGCGACCGGAGAGGCUGCGGUUCUGGCCCAGUGGUUGAAUAAACAGGCAUAUCCAAAGAAAUAUAAAAUAUCAAUGGAAAAUGAGUGCACUCAGCAUUUGCCAUUGUAUCUACUGUAUAUAAAAAAUUACUUGGAUAAGAAAGUGCCCAAUGUAAAAUUGUCAGGCUCAGAGUCAGAGAAUGGCACAGAGCUGCACUGCCGGGUGUAUGGGUUCUACCCCCGAGAUGUGGAAGUGAAGUGGAUAAAGAAUGGGAGAGAUGAGAUUCACUCAGAGGAGGCAGCACAGAUCCUGCCAAACCCUGAUGGCACCUAUCAGAUCAGUGUGGGGGUAAAACCAGAGGGGGGCGCCACUUACUCCUGCCAUAUAGAUCACAGCAGCUUGGAGAAGGCUCUGGUUGUUCCCUUUGAAAAAGAGACCAAGAAUUCACAUAUUACUUACAUCCUUAUUGCUGUCGGUGUGAUUGUUCUCUUCCUUGCUUUUCGCCUGGGAUUUUUUUAUAAAAAGAAAGUGAAAGGAUUUCAAGGCAGCCGGCAGAGUGCGAACACAAAUGAACAGUAAACUACACAGAAACAGAAUAUUUUGUAGAGUCCCCUGUUGGGAAUCAUAUGGUGCCCCAGUGGGAAGAACUUUUGUCAUCUGCUACUGAAGUGUCAUAAAUGGGCCAAAAUCAGAAACAAAAUGGAGUCUAUAAAAAAAAUGAAGAAGAUAGGCACACUCCCUUACUGUAACUUUAUUCCGUAUAUAAAAUAGCCCUUCAUCAACAAAAUGACUUUGUCAAGGGCAAAAUAUAAAUUUCACCCCCGAGAAAGACAUUUUGGUGAUGUAAGGCAUUGGGCUGUAUCCAUCUGCAGACUAAUGAGCAAAAUUCCCCCUUCCAUCUCUGAGCUCGUUACACUGGGGGUGCGUGCCCUUCUUUUUCAUUAGCUUUAUAUAUACCGUUUCGGCUCGACCAUUUGAAGUGGCAGCGCCCACGGAGCAAACACGGGGUGAUUUUGGUUCUUAUUUUAGCAGAGGAGUUUCUGUUUAAUUGUAUGUUCACAAAAUCUUGUCUUCAGUAUUUAUCUAUUUAACCUGUAAUUAUUUUUGUUACAAACGGAGUCUGUUACAUUUUUACUUACAAAGACAGUGAUCAUUUCUUUGUAUUAUCCCUAGGACAUGACAGUCCAGGAACACCAAGGGGCACAUUUACUAAGCGAUUUUGAGAAAAAGUUAAUUUUUUUUAACUUCUAGACAUUUUCGACAUUUACAAAUGGGCUUUUGGCAGUACUCAUUUUUUCUGAUAUUGUUUCACUAUAAAUAUAUAGUAUAAUAUAUAGUAUAUUAGUUUUAGUUAAUAGUUUUUCUGACAUUUUCCCAGAAAAAUCUAUUGAAUCCUAUGGAGGUUUAGAAUAGUGACAUAACAUAUUUUCAAGGAGAAAUAAUCCCCUCAUCGUUUUCUGUUUCAGCAAGUUUCAAGGAGAAGUUAAUCCUCUCAUUGUUGUAUGUUUCACCCAGUUUCAAUGGGAAGUUUAUCCCCUCAUUGUUUUUUAUUUCAAACAUCUUCAAGGGGAAGUUAAUCCCAUUAUUGAUUUCUAUUUCACCCAGUUUCAAGUGAAACGUUAACACACUAUUGUUUUCCAAGAAUGAGCGCCAUUGUUUCUAAAAUGGCUGCUGGAGCCAUUCCUGUUUGGGUAGAAUAACAUCCAUUUAAACUUGAAUUUUUCGAGUUUUAGCAAUAAAAAAAUUUGGGAUUUUCUAAUGUAAAAUUUUUGUACGAAUGAAGUAUUAUCGUGACAUUUUUGAAAUACAACAAUGAUCAAGUUUCAUUCGAAUUUUUACCAUGUCGCGUUUAUACAACUUUCAAGGCAAGAGAAAAACAAAAUGAGUUUUAGUAAAUGUGCCCCUAAUAAUGGUAAUACAACACAGUAAUAAUGGUAAUACAACACACUAAGUCGAAAGAAUAGAAUUAAUCAUAACGACUGUCAGUAGCCGUUUAUACAAAUAAGUGGACAGGGCCUGCCCUGUAACACUUGAAACCAGCAGGUAUGCUGCAAUGACUUAGUGGCAUAGAUUUCACUAAUAGAUUUACAGUUAAGGUUUGGAUUUUUUACUCUACUGAGCAUGCUCACUAUGCAGGAUAGUGCAAUGGGGUUGCUGGGAUUUAGCCAGAGAUGGUGGCGCCCAAAAAUAAAAGUGCCAGCCUGGGGUCCAAGGUAGGUCAUUAUAUUGAUAAAGGGGUGUCUAACACAUUGGCACAGCCCAGUGAAUUUGAGAUAACUUGUCCUUUAAAGGAAAACCAAACCCUAAAACUAAACCCAGCCUAAAGGUUCAGCAUCCCAAUAGCAGCAAUGAUCAAGGACUUUAAACUCUUCACAG